AUGGCAGAGGCGGAAGCGGCACAACUGAAGGAGGAAGGGAACCAGCAUUUCCAGCUUCAGGACUACAAGGCAGCCACCAAGAGCUACAGCCAGGCCCUGAAGCUGACUAAGGACAAGGCCCUGCUGGCCACGCUCUACCGGAAUCGGGCAGCCUGUGGCCUGAAAACGGAGAGCUAUGCCCAGGCGGCUUCAGAUGCUUCCAGAGCCAUUGACAUCAACUCUGCUGACAUCAAGGCCCUGUAUCGGCGGUGCCAGGCUCUCGAGCGUCUGGGCAAACUGGACCAGGCGUUCAAGGAUGUGCAGCGCUGUGCCACCCUCGAACCAAGGAACCAGAACUUUCAGGAGACCCUGCGGAGGCUCAACACCAGCAUCCAGGAGCAGCUCCGUGUGCAGUUUUCCACAGACUCCAGGGUGCAGACGAUGUUUGAAAUUCUUCUGAAUGAAAACAGCGAGGCUGAGAAGAGGGAAAAGGCUGCCAACAACCUCAUCGUUCUGGGCCGUGAGGAAGCAGGGGCCGAGAGGAUCUUCCAGAGCAAUGGGGUGGGCCUGCUGCUGCAGCUGCUGGACACUAAGAAGCCUGAGCUGGUGCUAGCUGCAGUGCGGACCUUGUCUGGCAUGUGCAGUGGACACCGAGCGAGGGCUACAGCGAUCCUGCACACAGUCCGCAUAGACAGAAUCUGCAGCCUCAUGGCCGUGGAGAAUGAGGAGAUGUCCCUGGCUGUCUGCAACCUGCUCCAGGCCAUCAUCGACUCCCUGUCUGGGGAGGACAAGAGAGAACAUCGAGGGAAAGAGGAGGCCUUGGUUCUAGAUACCAAGAAAGACCUGAAGCAGAUCACCAGCCACCUGCUGGACAUGCUGGUCAGUAAGAAGGUCUCCGGGCAGGGCAGAGACCAGGCACUGAACCUGCUCAACAAGAACGUCCCCAGGAAGGACCUGGCCAUCCAUGACAACUCACGCACUAUCUAUGUCGUAGAUAACGGUCUGAGGAAGAUCCUGAAGGUGGUGGGGCAGGUUCCAGAUCUGCCCUCCUGUCUGCCUCUGACGGACAACACCCGCAUGCUGGCCUCCAUCCUCAUCAACAAACUCUACGACGACCUGCGCUGUGACCCCGAGCGUGACCACUUCCGCAAGAUCUGCGAGGAGUACAUCACGGGCAAGUUUGAUCCCCAGGACAUGGACAAGAAUGUGAAUGCCAUCCAGACAGUGUCUGGGAUCUUGCAGGGGCCCUUUGACCUGGGCAAUCAGCUGCUGGGCAUGAAAGGUGUGAUGGAGAUGAUGGUGGCCCUGUGCGGCUCGGAGCGCGAGGCAGACCAGCUGGUGGCUGUGGAGGCUCUCAUCCACGCCUCCACUAAACUCAGCCGGGCCACCUUCAUCAUCACCAAUGGCGUGUCGCUUCUCAAACAGAUCUACAAGACCACCAAGAAUGAGAAGAUCAAGAUCCGCACGCUGGUGACCAGCGACAAGACCAUCCUGUACUCAGUGGCCAACACCCUGGUAAACUGCACCAACAGCUACGAUGUCAAGGAGGUCGUCCCUGAGCUGGUGCAGCUUGCCAAGUUCUCCAAGCAGCAUGUGCCGGAGGAGCACCCCAAGGAUAAGAAGGACUUCGUAGACAUGCGGGUGAAACGGCUCCUGAAGGCAGGUGUCAUAUCUGCGCUGGCCUGCAUGGUGAAGGCGGACAGUGCUAUCCUCACAGAUCAGACCAAGGAGCUGCUGGCCAGGGUGUUCCUGGCACUCUGUGACAACCCGAAGGAUCGGGGCACCAUUGUAGCUCAAGGUGGUGGCAAGGCCCUGAUCCCCCUGGCUUUGGAGGGCACAGAUGUUGGCAAGGUGAAGGCAGCCCACGGGCUAGCCAAGAUUGCUGCUGUCUCCAAUCCAGACAUCGCCUUCCCUGGGGAGCGGGUGUAUGAGGUGGUGAGGCCCCUUGUGAGUCUCCUGGACACACAGAGGGAUGGCCUUCAGAACUAUGAGGCUCUCCUGGGACUCACCAACCUGUCUGGGCGCAGUGACAAGCUUAGGCAGAAGAUCUUCAAGGAGAAGGCCUUGCCUGACAUUGAGAACUACAUGUUUGAAAACCAUGACCAGCUACGGCAGGCAGCCACCGAAUGCAUGUGUAACAUGGUGAUUAACAAGGAGGUUCAGGAGAGGUUCCUGGCUGAUGGGAAUGACCGGCUGAAGCUGGUGGUGCUGCUGUGCGGGGAGGAGGACGACAAACUGCAGAACGCGGCAGCUGGGGCCCUGGCCAUGCUGACCGCAGCACAUAAGAAGCUGUGCCUCAAGAUGACGCAGGUGACAACCCAGUGGCUGGAGAUCCUGCAGCGGCUUUGCCUGCACGACCAGUUGUCAGUGCAGCACCGGGGCCUGGUCAUUGCCUACAACCUGUUGUCAGCGGACGCUGAGCUGGCCAAGAAGCUGGUGGAGAGCGAGCUGCUGGAGAUCCUGACUGUGGUGGGAAAGCAGGAGCCGGAUGAGAAGAGGGCGACUGUGGUUCAGACAGCCCGGGAAUGUCUCAUCAAGUGCAUGGAUUACGGCUUCAUCAAGCCGGUGUCAUAGAGAGGGGGCCACAGGGUGCUGGGGUUGGUCCUGAGCUGUAAGGAGUCUUGACCUAGGCCCUCCCAAAGUGUCAGUUCAGCUAAGGAUCACAGCAGUGGCAAUGAAGUCUUGUCACAAAAGAAAGACUUAGUUGUCUCUUGAGUUGUCAGUCUUCCCUUUGGUCCUGGGAAAGUUGGAGCAUUACUCAGGGUGCCUUACUUCCUGCCUCCCUAAAUUUGUCAGGUCCCAGAAAUUUUUAGGAUAACUUCUGUGAUCAGGAAAGGGGAAGGACAAUUCUCUCUGUCUCUUUUCUAAAGAUCAGAAUAAGAGACUGUAGGUUGGGUUUUUUUAAUAUAUAUAUUUUGAAUAAUUGUGUAGUAGCAAGGUAGGAACUAACAGGUGUGUGGCCAUAAAGAUCAAUGCUGUUGUUCAAUUCGGAUGCUGAUCUCUGCUGAUUUCCGUGACCUCUCUCCCAUGCGUUGAAACCAUGUGUCUCAGCAGCAAGUGUCCUGUUCAAGUCCCACACUCACUUCACAUCACCCAACCUCACUGGAAACAGUUCAUGCUCACAGUGGUAUGUGCUUUGUUUGGGAAAGUCUUCCAUGAAAGAUGGAUAAGAUGACUGUCAACAGAUCAGCUCAACAUCCUCUGAGCAGAACAUAGAUAAAUAAAUAUUAAUGAAUGCAUGCUUGUCAUGCAGGGAAAGGUCUGACGUUGCUAGACCCAGCGGUUCAAUGCCAUUACCAGCCUUAUUCUCUCUCUGUGUAUGUGUGUUUUCUUCCUCUUAGUUCCACAUCUGGUCUCUGCAUUCCUCUGAGGUGACCUCAUUUUGUGACGAGCUCUCUGCAUGUGCUGGAAAAAGCAGAGCCUAGCAGCUCUGUUGUACAUUGAUAGUUGCUAUGAUUCAUUACAGAAGAGAAAGGACUGGGAGCCUCAUAGAUCCCCACGGAUGACUAGUGUACCUAGCUUAGGUCCUGCUUCAUGCAUGAAUCGAUCGUAUCCAAAGGCAGAUGUUCAUUGCCACACCUGUGUCCUAUAUGUAAAAUUUGGCGGUGAGGAGGAACCUCACCUCGACCCAGCUGACACAGACUGAUUAGGGUUAGUAGGAAUGUGUCUCACCACACAAGAGUGUACUUUGGGCAAAUAAAAAAGAACGUAUAUUCUGUGUAUUAUGCUUAGGCACACAAGAGCAGUGCACUGUGGAGAUCUGUUAAUGUGAAAUUCCUGGAAUGAUUAAGAAUGUUACACUAGGGCUGGAGAGCUGGCUAAGAGCACUGGCUGCUCUUCCAGAGGACCCAGGUUCAAUUCCCAGCAACCACCAUGGUGUUUCACAGCUGUCUGCAACUCCAGCCCCAGCGGAACUCAUGUCGCCUUAACACUGCAGAGAUGUGAUGUCCAGACUUACACAUAGUCAAAGCACCCAGAAGCAUAAAAUGAAAACACAGAAACACAGAAAGCUGUUGCUACAUAUCAUCACUCUAGGAUGUCUCAGUUCUACCCACAGUUAACGAAGGGUCAACAGUUGUGAAGCCAGAUGUCGUGCCGCAUCUGAACUACCAGCACACAGGGAGCAGAUGCAGGAGGAUUACGAGUUUGGGGCCAUGCAAGACCCUGCCUAAAACAAACAACGCUUCUGACAUCAACAUUGGUUAGAAAGUGACAUUUAGAUUUUUGGUCCUCAAUACAAUAA